AUGCACUUCCAAUCCACAACGCUCUUCCUUGCCGCCGCUGUCAUCUUCCAGGGUGUUUCUGCGCAAUUUUGCACUGGCCCUCCCUCAGACUGCAAUUUUGAAGACUGCAGAAUCAAUUACGCUGAUCCAUGGGCGAUCUGCAAGUCAAAGGUUCGUUUUCACUGCAGAAGAGCUCUGCGGUUUGGCUUUAUAGCUGACUUGUAUCUAGUGCACACCGAAUUCAGGCCGAGAUGCCGCUGUUUCCUGCUGCUCCGGAUCGUUGUACUGUCCAGCAUGAAUAAGUACAGUACAAUGUAA